GCGCCGUAGGUGGUGAUGGCGGCGAUGAUGGCGAUGAUAAGGAAAAGGCAGAGGAGGAGGAGAGGGAGCGUCUGGAGGCCAUACGUGAGGCCGAAGAGCGACGAAAGGAGAAGCACCGUAAGAUGGAAGAGGAGCGUGAAAAGAUGAGGCAAGAUAUUCGUGAUAAGUACAACAUCAAGAAAAAAGAGGAAGUUGUCGAAGCCAUGCCCCAAGAAGAACCCAAUCCGCUGAUGCGAAAGAAAAAGACGCCCGAAGAGCUGGCUGCCGAAGCGGAACAGGAAGAGCUGGACGAUUUUACAACCAAAUUGAAAAAACGUCUCAGUGAUGCUUUCAAAAAUAGUCCAUUGAAAAAUCUGUUUUAAUUGCAAAAAACUAAAUACAAAAAACAAAACCAAACAAUCCAGGCAGCAACAAUAACUUACUCACAGUAAACAGCGUGUGGUAUCAAAAAACAAAAAACAAAGUUUAGAUUAUUUAAAAACAGACUCGCAUAACCAAAUAA